UAUAAGGAUGUUUGAAGAGACAAAAUGAGCACAGAUGAAGACUAUGAUAUCAACAUAUCAAUCAGAUUUUCAACUUAAGAACUAUUAAGCAGCUGAUCACGUGGGAGAAGGUGUGUAUGCUGUUUUGUGUGUGAGAAAGAGACCGUAUGAGGGUUGAAUCCGAUUACAAAAAUCCUCCGCUUUGAAAGGUUCUCUGCUUACAGUUCACAGACCCUGAACAUUUGCUCAAACACUACAGAAUUCAGUUACUCUUAAGGUAGACCAACCAACACGUCAAUAUGGAUAAGUUUCGAAUGAUGGCCCAGAUCCUCCAGUCCAACCAGGAGUCUUUCAUGAAUGGUAUUUGUGGCAUCAUGGCCCUGGCGAGCGCUCAACUUUACACGUCUUUCGAAUUCAACUGUCCCUGUAUCCCUGAAUAUAACUACUCCUAUGGGAUCAGCAUGCUGGUCAUUCCACCCAUAUGGUUUUUCCUAUUGGGUUUUGUAUUGAACAACAAUGUCUCGAUGCUGGCGGAGGAGUGGAAACGACCUAUAGGACAGAGGACGAAGGACCCGGCGGUGAUGCGAUACAUGUGUGUGUCCAUAUCCCAGCGUUCGCUCAUCGCGCCUGCUGUUUGGAUAUCGGUGACUUUAAUGGAUGGUAAAAGCUUCUUGUGUGCCUACAGUAUGGAUUUGGACAUGUCUGAGUUUGGCAGGAAUGGAAGUGGACAUGGGUUAUCACAAGAGGAACUCUUGCGAACACUGGCCAAGAUACCAUGCAAGCAUAUAUAUGACGGACAGCACAUAAUGUCGAGAGAAGCGGCCACCAGAUACAUACGCUGUAUUUCACAGGCCUUUGGAUGGUUGUUCUUGCUGAUCAUCACAAUCGUUGCAUUCCUAAUCCGAGCCAUUCGUCCCUGCUUCACGCAGGCUGUCUUCCUCAAAACCAAAUACUGGUCUCACUAUGUGGACACGGAGCGCAGGAUGUUUGACGAGACCUGCUCAGAACACGCCAAGAGUUUCGCCAAGGUCUGCAUCAAGCAGUACUUUGAGGAUAUUAGCGGCGAGAUUCAGAGCUGCCACGACCAUGAUGACAGCGACGAUGAGGACGAUAAAACAGACAGCGAGGAAGACAAACUGUUGGGUAUUCGGCGCCAGGACACUAUGAACAAGGUGCUCUGGGACUGGCACACAUGCAAACCUGCGCUGAGUCUGAGAAAAUAUGGAGAUGCUAAUACUGCUAAACAUAGCGAAAGUAGCACAAAUGCUAACAAGACUCAAGAUGGACAUGACUGUGAAAAUAAUGAGCAUAAUGGGAGCCAACAUGGCUUUAAAAAUGGUUAUGUGAAUGCUGGUCUCGAUGUUGGUCAAAGUGAAUUGGAGAAGCAAUGUGAUAAUGGCCAAAAAGGUGGUAUGAAUGGACAUGGCAAUGUUAGCGUUAGCCAAAAUGGAUUCAUUAAUGGUGGUCUCUCUUCUCCAUACAGUGGUCAAAAGAAAGCAUGGACGGUGUAUUACAGUAAGGUCUGACAGAAGAAAACCCAGUUGCAUUGAUUUGUUUUGUUGUUUUUUUAACUAAACAGUGUAUU